UGUUGAGAUGAUGCCCUGCUGGUUUUUAAAUUGCGUGUGAUUACUGGAAUCGAAUUCCUUAUGGAUAACGCAGUUAAUCAACCGAAUGACUUGCCUGUUGCAGCCUCCAACGCGGAGUGAGAGAAUCACAUUGAGGCUGAAGGUUUUUUUUUCUACCACUGUAGGCUACUGCUCGUCUCCACACUGUGAUAUCCAAGUCGAACAGGAGAAAGAAAAAAGUCCGCUUGUUCUUCAUCUUCAGAUCUACCCUUUCUUCACUGUCUGCAUUUUUGUUUGAAAACUGCCGAUCUAUGUCAGCCCUGUGAAAGCGCCCCGGGUACCCGUGUAAGGAAGCGCCGCUAUCAAAGAAGAGCGGACCAGCUUGGAAUCUCUGGGGCUAGAAAAGAACUCUUCAGAACCCCAAAACAAGCAUGCCGCGGAGGAAACAGCAAGCGCCCCGACGUGCGGCAGCGUACGCCCCUGAGGAUGAGAAGGAGGCUGCCCUGCUCGAUGAGGACCUGGAGGGGGAAGACUCGGCCGUGGAGGAGGAGCCUGCGGUCAAGUACAUCUGCCAAGACAAGGACUUCCUUCUCAACGGUCGGCCUGCUUUCCACGAUUCCCCGGUGGCUGACUUCUCCGGCCAUGAGAUGGACAAUGAGUCUCACCUGAGCGAGUCCAGCGACCGCAUGUCGGACUUUGAGAGUGCCUCCCUCAAAAACGAGGAGGUCGCCAAGGUUCCCCCGACAUCCCCGUCGCCGUCUUCCUCCGUCAUGUUGGCCACCGCCGUGGCCACUUCCGCUGAGGACGCCGCAACCACCGGGCCGGACAGCCUGGAGCAGAUGAAGGCCAUCUACACCAGCUUCCUGACCAACUCUUACUGGUCGUCCCUGAACCUCAACCUCACCCAGCCGCCCGCCGUGGAGAAACCCCCGCGGAGCCACAGUAGCAGCAGCAGCAGCAGCAGUAGCAGCAGUUGUGGCAGCAACGGCAACGGCUACGACUGGCACCAGUCCGCCGUGGCCAAGACGCUCCAGCAGGUCUCUCAGAACCAGAACCGGCUCAGUCACCCGGCGGCGGAGCAAAACAACCUGUUCAGCACCGUGCAGCUUUACCGGCAGAGCACCAAACUCUAUGGCUCCAUCUUCACGGGUGCCAGCAAGUUCCGCUGCAAGGACUGCAGUGCCGCCUACGACACGCUGGUCGGGCUGACCGUGCACAUGAACGAGACGGGCCACUACCGAGAUGACAACCACGAGACGGACAGCGAGGGCACCAAGCGCUGGUCCAAGCCGCGCAAGCGUUCUCUGCUGGAGAUGGAGGGGAAAGAAGAUGCGCAGAAGGUCCUGAAGUGUAUGUACUGUGGACAUUCGUUUGAGUCUCUGCAGGACCUCAGUGUCCACAUGAUUAAGACAAAACACUACCAGAAAGUACCUCUGAAGGAGCCAGUGACCCCCGUGGCAGCUAAGAUCAUCUCCUCUGCCCGGAAGAGAGCCCCCAUUGAGCUUGACCUACCAAGCUCCCCAGACUCCAACGGGGGCACCCCCAGACCCUCACUAAAUGACCCAAAUGACCCUCUCCAGAAGGUAUCCAACCCCUAUAUCACCCCGAAUAACCGUUACGGACACCAGAAUGGAGCCAGCUAUGCGUGGCAGUUCGAGUCCAGGAAGUCCCAGAUUCUGAAAUGCAUGGAGUGUGGCAGCUCCCACGACACACUGCAGGAGCUGACCGCUCAUAUGAUGGUGACUGGUCAUUUCAUCAAGGUCACAAACUCUGCCAUAAAGAAAGGCAAGCCCAUCAUGGAGUCCCCGUCGACACCUGUUCCCGUCGUUUCCGCCAGCGAGGAGAAGGUCCAGUCCGUUCCUCUGGCAGCCACAGCGUUCUCCCCGCCUCCCCCGCCCAUACCUCCCCCAUCUAGCGUCUCCCCUGCCAUGACUGUGGAGAUUAAGAAGGAGGAGAAGGAAGAGGAGUGCACAAAGGAAACCAGCAGCAGCCGCAAAGCCAGGAAGACCAGCGAUGACGAGACGGAGGAGAAAUUCGAUAUCUCUUCCAAAUAUUCCUAUUUAACAGAAGAGGAUUUAGAAGAGAGCCCUAAGGGUGGGUUUGACAUCUUGAAGUCCCUGGAAAACACAGUGACAUCCGCUAUCAACAAAGCACAGAACGGUGCUCCCAGCUGGGGGGGCUACCCCAGCAUCCACGCUGCCUACCAGCUGCCCAACAUCAUGAAGCUCUCCCUUGGUCACACAGGGAAGAGCUCACCUCUCAAGUACAUGUUUCCUGGAGGCGAGAUCCUUUCCCCAAAUGCCAAAAACCAACCGCUGAUCUCCCCUCCCAGUCAUCAGACCUCUCCUCUCCCCAAAAACAACUUCCACGCCAUGGAGGAGCUGGUCAAGAAGGUGACUGAGAAAGUAGCAAAAGUGGAGGAAAAAAUGCGCGAGCCUAGUGUAAGGGCGUCCCCGCUGAGAAGAACCACGCCAUCCCCCUGCAGCAGCGAGGCAGGGGAGUCAACCAGGGGCGAUUCCCCCAAAGACAGGAGAGGGUCUAAAACCCCUGAGAGCAUCGGAGGUGGCAGUCACAAAGAGUCUAAUGGCGACACCAAUAUGAAGGAUUCAGUGGAGAACGGGACAGAGUCCACUGUCAGAUCCCCAAUCUCCGCUUUGUGCAGCAGCACAGCCAUCAUUACCGACCACCCGCCAGAGCAGCCCUUCGUCAAUCCUCUAAGUGCGCUUCAGUCAGUGAUGAACGUCCACCUGGGUAAGGCAGCUAAACCUGCUUUACCCUCCCUGGACCCGAUGAGUAUGCUCUUCAAGAUGAGCAACAGCUUGGCGGAGAAGGCUGCGGUUGCCGCUUCCACGCCGGCUCAGACCAAAAAAACCAACGAGCACUUGGACCGCUACUUCUACCACGUCAACAAUGACCAGCCGAUAGACCUGACCAAGGGCAAGACUGAAAAGAGUAGCUCUCUGGGUUCAUCUACAUCCACGCCCUCCUCGGUGUCCCCCUCCUCCACAGUCACAAUGGCUAAGGCCUCAUCCGCUGUGGCCUCCUUCAUGUCCAACUCCCCGCUGCGUGAGAAUGCCUUGUCCGACAUUUCCGACAUGCUGAGGAACCUCACCGAGAGUCAAGUCUCCAAGUCCUCCACGCCCACCAGCCUGUCGGAAAGGUCCGACAUUGAGGGUGCCACCCAAGAGGAGCUAGAGGAGAUCUCACCUGCCCAAAAGCGCAAGGGCCGGCAGUCCAACUGGAACCCCCAACACCUGCUCAUUCUCCAGGCCCAGUUUGCAUCCAGCCUUCGGCAGACUGGCGAUGGGAAGUAUGUGAUGUCAGACCUGAGCCCUCAGGAGAGGAUGCACAUAUCACGUUUCACAGGCCUCUCCAUGACCACCAUCAGCCACUGGCUGGCCAAUGUCAAGUACCAGCUGAGGAGAACCGGCGGGACAAAGUUCUUAAAAAACCUGGACUCAGGCCAUCCAGUGUUCUUCUGCAGCGACUGUGCUUCUCAGAUUCGUUCCCCCUCAACUUACGUCAGCCACUUGGAGUCACACCUGGGCUUCAGGCUUAGAGACCUGACCAAACUUUCCGGAGAACAGCUCGUCAGCCAGAUCUCACGUCACACCAAAAGCCUGUCUGAAAAACUGCUGUCCAACCACUCCCACUCCAACCCUCACCCCCUCUCUCAUGCUCACUCCCCGUCUCCGUCUCCUGACGAGGAUGGAAACGGCACCUCCUAUCAGUGCAAGCUCUGCAACCGGACUUUUGCAAGCAAGCACGCGGUCAAGCUCCACCUGAGCAAGACCCAUGGGAAAUCCCCAGAGGAUCAUCUUAUGUAUGUCUGUGAGCUUGAGAAACAGUAGCACUAAGCUUUGGACAUGCUGCACUCUCUCGCUCACUUACUCUCUUUGUCUUUAGCUUUCACAGACAUUUAUUUCCAAAAGGACUAUUAAGUGAUAAAACUGCACAAAGAUGCCAUACAACUACUGUUUAGUUUCGGCACAUGGUUUUGAUUUUCUUUAAGGUAGACUCACUCUGGCCCAAAAAGCAUUUGUUUGUUUAUAUUCUCCUUUUUUUUUAAAGAUGGUAAUUUUUUAAAUGUGCAGUGUUGAAGAAAGAGGUGCUGUAGUCACUGAUGAAACUUAUGAAGGUUUAAAAAAAGAUUUUAAAAUGAAGUGGUAUGUAUUUGCAAAGUUGUGUAAAUUGGAUUUGAUUUCCUUAUAUUUUGGCAUCCCUGAGAUGCAAUAAGCUGCAUGCAUAAAUGAGACAGUUUAGUUAUUUGGUAACUAAAUCUGGUGCACUUUUCUUUUUUUCUCUUUCCCUCUCUCUCUUUUGGUUAAUGUGAUCUUUCCGUGCUGGUUUCAGCAUCUGAAAUUUAACCCUCUGAGUACGGCCAAGCACUUCUACCCCAACGAUCCAAAACCCCUACCCAAACAAAAAUAUUUCAGAUUGGAAUCGACCAAGCUAUUGUGUGGUUCAUAAGAUGCACAAGGAGAGUACUAGAGGUUAAUUUCCAACACAGUCUCUAAACAUACAUUGUAUGUGAUGCAAAAUCUAAAUCUGAAGUCGUUUACUUUGUUUAAUCAGGGGCCUUUAUGAAUUCAGGUCUAUGUAAAAAUGUAUAUAAAACAUAUAUACUAAUUCCUGUCUAAAUUAUGCAUCAUUUUUAUAUUUUUAAUUUAAGAGGAGUAUGACUAUCUACUGGUGCACAAUAUAUGAAGACAUUAAUGAAAUUGUUUUGCACAAUAGUUUUAUAAAUAUGUUAUUUAAUCAAAUGAUAUGAAAAUAAGAGGGAAAAAAAUUACAAAAAUCUUUUAUUUCAACCUCGUGCUCAAAGGGUUAAACCUCUAGUACAAGACAGUACAUGUGCUGAUAUUUGAACAUUAAAAGAUGUUGUACAAAAUAUGUUACUUUAUGAAGUAAUGAAGAUUUCCACAUGUAACCUCUUAUUUAUAAGCGCCCUUGGUUGUUGUUUCAUAUUGUAGAAUGCUUUUUUGAUUGGUCGUUUCUUUUUUGUUCUGUCUGAUUACUCUCCCACAAUUCCUAACUGCAGCUUCAUCUUUUUGGGAUAUGAAAGGUAACCAUGGUUAUCUCACCUCUGACUGACAGUUCUGCUACGUUUUUGGCAGUUAAUUUGCUGAAGUAACUGACAGCUGCCAGUGUACGGAAAUCGUAUGUGUAAAAUAUUGGCAUGUAAACAGCACAGACACUGUAGUGCAUUCUGUGCCGUGUUUUUUUUCCGUUGUUGUUGUUGUUGACAAUGAAGCACCCAUUAUAUGACUUCAUAUAACCUUUUUUUCUACUCCAGCAUUAAAACGAAACCGUUUUUUGCAAUAACA